AUCGCGGUUGUACAAAUUCACGGCAUAGCAACAACUUGGCAGUCGAACUUAUAAUUGACACUUCACCAUCUUCCAGCUUCGUUUAUUUAUACUGGGAAUCACCCUCCAUUAAUACACUACACUGUCAAGGCAAAAAGCAAAGAAGAAGAUUAUGCGCUGAGAGAUAACCGGUUGGGCUCUUCUCACUUUGGGAUCUUGUUUUGUGCUCUUUGGCUGACACAAAUUAUCCAAACAUAAGGCAGAGGACUUUAACGUCCUUACGAUCAUAACAAGGAAAUAUGACAUCAUCACCAGCAAGCUCUGAUGAGGGCGAGAUUCGAGGUGGAGUUGUGGGGAAGAAGGCAACUACGUCGCUGCGUACAUUCGAUGGCACUUCCGUUGACCGUCAAGACAGAACCCGUUCUAGUACGACUUCUAUGUCACCACGCUCCCCUGAACAACCAUAUAGAUCCAGAGACCAAAGAAGCCGUUCUCCUUAUUCCGACCGAUACUCUCGAGGCUCGAAGAGGACUAGAGAUGACGACCACCCAGACCGUAGCAGAAACGAUCCAAGACGAUUUAAAGUUCAUUACGAAAAUUCAUCUCAAGACUAUAGACGCCGCCCGCAAGUUUCAUACGAAGACAUCGAUAAAGGACCAGCAACCUCAUCUGAAUUACGAUAUGAUGAUCACGAUCAUCGAGAUAGGCAUGCCGAAAAACGAGCCCGAACCAGAAGUCGUUCGCCUUACCGAGCUAACCGGGACGACAGAAAUGGACGAAAAGGACAGGCGAUGAACAAUGGCAGCCGGUAUAGUAAUUACUCUGAUAGGAACAAACCUUACGGGUAUGGAGGUUCAUACCGAAGUUCAAGAGACCAGUCAGUGAGCAAUCGGGAAAAGGGCCCGCUGCCUACUGAUAAUUCAAGAUACGAGGCUAAAACUACUCAAGGGCAAUUGCAACAGCAUAAUUUUCAGAGUAAUGGAACUGCGAUGGAAAUGUACGCUAUUUAUCACCCCUUCCAUUCUCAGCAUUUACUAAUUCAGCUCAGAUCCACCCCUGCAGAGGAAGCUCAUACGGAAGUUGGAGAAGAGCAAGUCGAUGAAGCUACACUCAUAGAGCGACGACGCAAACGUCGCGAAGCAAUCAAAGCUAAGUAUAGAGGUUCUGGCACACCCUUAUUAGUACAGGCUCUGCACUUAGGUGACAAGUCUGGAGGAUCCACUCCUGGACCAGGUGAAGAUGAUAGCCCCUCAGGUCCAACCGGUAAGCAUAUUACACUGUAUCGCAACUUCCUCUCUAAUUCGUUUGCCCUAGCAUCGCCCACAGUCUCGACACCGGCAACUCCUAUGGAUCCAGGAUCCCCUUCCGCGUUCGCAAUCACUGACGAUCAGGACCUUGUCAACUCCCAUGGAAAUUCGACAGCAGGUGAAGAGGAUGGACCUUCGGCUGCAGAUUAUGAUCCAACUGUGGAUAUGAGAGAAGAUAGACAACGCGACGGCCAGCGACACAUUGAUGAGAUAUCGUCCGGAACGUACAAUGAAACGAAUCCCACAUCUGAGCAAGAUGUUCUCCUUCCAGUCGCAAUUGUGCCCGUUGAAGUCAAGGCUCGGAAAGUUAGGGAUGAAUUUGACAUGUUCGCAGACGAUGACGAUGAUGAUAUGUUUGCCGAAGACUCAGUUGCAGAUGAAAAGCCUCAAGCUGUCACGAACGGUGAUGUUGCUAAAGCAGUGCCUAUUCCACAGGCCAAGGAGCUCGACAUAGGCAUGCUUGAUAAUUGGGAUGACCUUGAGGGUUACUACAAAAUUAUCCUGGGAGAACUUUUGAAUGGUAGAUAUCACGUUCAAGCAAACCUUGGAAAAGGUAUGUUCUCCGGUGUAGUUCGUGCUAUGGACAUCACCACAAAAAAGUUGGUUGCAAUCAAGCUUAUUAGGAGUAACGAGACAAUGUAAGUAGGUAUAUAAUUAUUCGAACUAUCAUAAGCUAAUAUCAUCGUAGGAGAAAAGCUGGAAUGAAAGAGAUCGAGAUUUUGCAAAAGAUCAAUGAUGCAGAUCCGGAGGAUAAGAAACAUAUGAUACGGUUGGAACGAUACUUCGAGCACAAAGGUCAUCUGUGUAUGGUCUUCGAACAUUUGAGUAUCAAUCUACGUGAGGUACUGAAGAAAUUUGGAAACAACGUCGGUAUCAACCUCAGAGCAGUGCGAGCUUAUGCCCAGCAAAUGUUCCUCGGACUCAGUUUGAUGAAGAAGUGCAAUAUUUUGCACGCGGAUUUGAAGCCUGAUAACAUUCUGGUAAGUUCAAUUUUAAGUCUAGUUUAAGAUGAUAGAACUUCUUUUCUGAUUCAUCACUAGGUCAAUGAAACUCGAAAUAUGCUCAAGAUUUGUGAUUUGGGAUCAGCUUCUGACGCCACUGACAAUGAGAUCACUCCCUAUCUUGUUUCCCGUUUCUAUCGUGCACCAGAAAUUAUCCUUGGCAUGAAAUAUGACUUUGCCAUCGAUGUGUGGUCUAUUGGAUGUACCCUCUAUGAGCUGUAUACUGGUAAAAUUCUUUUUACUGGUAGAUCCAAUAACCAAAUGUUGCGCUCUAUUAUGGACUGUCGCGGUAAAUUCUCGGUCAAGAUGCUUAAAAAGGCUGAUUUUGCAGGCGUUCAUUUUGAUGACAUGCUGAAUUUCAGGAGUGUUGAGCCUGACAAAUUGACCGGCAAGGAUAUAGUUAAGACGAUGGCAUUUGCAAAGCCAAGCAGAGACCUUCGUACUCGUCUAAUCUCUGCGUCAAAGGGGCUGACAGAGGUUGAGCAGAAAGAGCUGACAUUGUUCGGGGACCUAUUGGAAAGAUGCUUGGCACUUAAUCCAGAGAAAAGAAUUACACCUACGGAAGCACUAAAGCAUCCUUUCAUAGCAAAGAUGAUGAAAUAAAUGGUGGUGGAUUAGGAGACUGGUCGGACAAAGUUUUCGGUGAAAUGGGGAAGUGCCACAAUUGAGUAAAAGAGAAAUAGCUAAAGGCAUUUAUGUCGGGUACUUGAAUGGACUCAAGGGAAGCAGGCUGCGUUCGCACGUCGCUAGUGUUGAUUAUUAGAGUAUUACAUUAGCAUAAUAAACAGGGUCUGUCGUCUGCCAAUUUUUCAUCUCAAAUUGCAAGAGAGGGAUUUUGGCGGGAACUUGGCGUUAUAACAAAUCAACUUUAUCUUCUCCUAAAACCAUG